CCCCCUUUCUACCCAGGCCCUGGGGACCCCUUCUGUCCAUCCCUGGGUCGGUCGGAACCCUGGGAUCCACUCGAUCCCUGACUCAGAUUCCUGCCCUGUACUCCCAAGGUGUUGGACCCCUCAGGGUCCCUUCUUAGGUUCUCCUCUGAGGGCCCUGGAACCCAGGAUCCACUCUCCCCCUUCUUUUCAAGGGGCCUUUGGAUCGCGGAGUUUCUUGGUCCCUGUAACCCUGACCCAUUAUUGCUUGGAAUCUCUUGUUCGCUGGGUUCCCCGAGUCACUAUUUCUUUCUGGUCUUCUGUGAUCCCUCGAUUUCUGCCGUGUGAUCCUUUUCUCUCAUUUCCCAGGAUCCUGUCAUCCCCGCAUCUCUCAACCUGCCAGAUUUCUCUUCUUGGUCCCUGCGAUCCUACCACCAGCUCAGGAGAUCCAUCGGAUCUAGGACCCGGGUUGGCGCCGGGCGGGGGGUGCGGGCCAGCCCCCAUGGCCGCCGCCGCCCCCUCCCAUCCCGCCGGGCUCCCGGGUUCUCCCGGGCCGGGGUCUCCUCCACCCGCUGGCGGCUUGGAGCUGCAGUCGCCACCACCUCUGCUGGCCCAGGCUCCCGCCCCGGGCUCGGGGGUCUCCUUCCACAUCCAGAUCGGUCUGACACGCGAGUUUGUAUUGCUGCCCGCCGCUUCAGAGUUGGCCCAUGUGAAACAGCUGGCCUGUUCCAUCGUGGACCAGAAGUUCCCGGAGUGUGGCUUCUACGGCCUUUACGACAAGAUCCUGCUCUUCAAACAUGACCCCACGUCCGCCAACCUCUUGCAACUGGUGCGCUCUGCGGGCGACAUCCAGGAGGGCGACCUGGUGGAGGUGGUUCUGUCCGCCUCCGCCACCUUUGAGGACUUCCAGAUCCGCCCGCACGCCCUCACCGUGCACUCCUACCGAGCGCCUGCCUUCUGCGACCACUGCGGGGAGAUGCUCUUCGGCCUGGUGCGCCAGGGCCUCAAGUGCGAUGGCUGCGGGUUGAACUACCACAAGCGCUGUGCCUUCAGCAUCCCCAACAACUGCAGCGGGGCCCGCAAGCGGCGCCUCUCGUCCACAUCUCUGGCCAGUGGUCAUUCAGUGCGCCUGGGCAGCUCCGAGUCUCUGCCCUGCACUGCUGAAGAGCUGAGCCGUAGCACCACUGAACUCCUGCCUCGACGCCCACCCUCUUCCUCCUCCUCCUCUUCCGCCUCAUUCUACACUGGCCGCCCCAUUGAAUUGGAUAAGAUGCUGCUCUCCAAGGUCAAGGUGCCUCACACCUUCCUCAUCCACAGCUACACGCGGCCCACUGUUUGCCAGGCUUGCAAGAAACUUCUCAAGGGCCUCUUCCGCCAGGGUCUGCAGUGCAAAGACUGCAAGUUUAAUUGUCACAAACGCUGUGCCACCCGUGUCCCUAAUGACUGUCUGGGGGAGGCGCUUAUCAACGGAGAUGUGCCAAUGGAGGAGGCCACCGAUUUCAGUGAGGCUGAUAAGAGUGCCCUUGUGGACGAGGCUGACGACUCUGGUGUCAUCCCUGGCUCCCACUCGGAGAAUGCCCUCCAUGCCAGUGAGGAGGAGGAAGGCGAGGGAGACAAGGCUCAGAGCUCCCUGGGCUACAUCCCCCUGAUGAGGGUAGUGCAGUCAGUGCGACACACGACUCGUAAAUCCAGCACAACGCUGCGCGAGGGUUGGGUGGUGCAUUACAGCAACAAGGAUACGCUGAGGAAGCGGCACUACUGGCGCCUAGACUGCAAAUGCAUCACGCUCUUCCAGAACAACACGACCAACAGAUACUACAAGGAAAUUCCGCUGUCAGAAAUCCUCACGGUAGAGACCGCCCAGAACUUCAGCCUCGUGCCUCCAGGCACCAACCCACACUGCUUCGAGAUUGUCACUGCCAACGCCACCUACUUUGUGGGCGAGACUCCCGGCGGGGCCCCCGGUGGGCCGAGCGGGCAAGGUGCUGAGGCUGCCCGAGGUUGGGAGACAGCCAUCCGCCAGGCCCUGAUGCCCGUCAUCCUCCAGGACGCACCCAGCGCCCCAGGCCAUGCACCCCACAGACAAGCAUCUCUGAGCAUCUCUGUGUCCAACAGCCAGAUCCAGGAGAAUGUGGACAUCGCCACUGUCUACCAGAUCUUCCCAGAUGAGGUGCUGGGCUCAGGGCAGUUUGGAGUGGUCUAUGGAGGAAAGCACCGGAAGACUGGCAGGGAUGUGGCAGUGAAGGUCAUUGACAAAUUGCGCUUCCCCACCAAGCAGGAGAGCCAGCUGCGGAAUGAAGUGGCUAUUCUCCAGAGUCUGCGGCACCCCGGGAUCGUAAACCUGGAGUGCAUGUUCGAGACGCCCGAGAAGGUGUUUGUGGUGAUGGAGAAGCUGCACGGCGACAUGCUGGAGAUGAUCCUCUCCAGCGAGAAGGGCCGGCUGCCCGAGCGCCUCACCAAGUUCCUCAUCACCCAGAUCCUGGUGGCUUUGAGACACCUUCACUUCAAGAACAUCGUCCACUGUGACUUGAAACCAGAAAACGUGUUGCUGGCGUCAGCUGACCCAUUUCCUCAGGUGAAGCUGUGCGACUUCGGCUUCGCACGCAUCAUCGGAGAGAAGUCCUUCCGACGCUCUGUGGUGGGCACACCUGCCUACCUAGCACCCGAGGUGCUGCUCAACCAGGGCUACAACCGCUCCCUGGACAUGUGGUCGGUGGGCGUGAUCAUGUAUGUCAGCCUCAGUGGCACAUUCCCCUUCAACGAGGACGAGGACAUAAACGAUCAGAUCCAGAACGCUGCGUUCAUGUACCCAGCCAGCCCCUGGAGCCACAUCUCAGCUGGAGCCAUCGAUCUCAUCAACAACCUGCUGCAGGUGAAGAUGCGCAAGCGCUACAGCGUGGACAAGUCUCUCAGCCACCCCUGGUUACAGGAGUACCAGACGUGGCUGGACCUCCGAGAGCUGGAGGGGAAGAUGGGCGAGCGGUACAUCACACACGAGAGCGACGAUGCGCGCUGGGAGCAGUUCCUGGCAGAGCACCCGCUGCCUGGCCCCGGGCUACCUGCCUACGGGGAGCUCGGAGGCACCCGUUCACCACCCGACCACGAGAUGCAGGGACUGGCUGAGCGCAUCAGCGUCCUCUGAGGCCCCGUGUCCCCGCCUUGUCGCCUUUUGGAGCAGCCUUCCAUACCAUCCCAGCAACAAACUGUUGAAGGGGAACUGGCUUUCUGCGCACACGGAUGGGACGUCAGCAGGGGGCUGCGGUGGAGGAGUUAUUCCCAAAGGCCCCUCUCCCUCUCCCAGCAAUUAAAAUGGACUCAUCUCUGGCCCCAUGGCCUUGGUCUCUGAGGCUCGGCACUGAAUCAUUAGCCUCCACCUGUUCACAAGGUGGAGGUCAGGAAGGAAGACUGCCGGCACAAGAGGGAGGCAGGAGGUGGGGAGGAGUUUUGGGAGGAGGACUAGCUGGGGAAUUGAAGGGGAAAGAGCAUGACAUGGGGGUGGGCAGAGGAGCUGGAGCAAAGCACAGAAGCGCCUCCACUUCGGUGGGGUGACAGCUGAUAAAACCUCCUUAAGUCAAAAAUGCAUUUAAUCCACCCACUUUUUAUCAAGCAUCACAAUAGCAACAGAGUUCACUGUUGUUUCCCCUCAGGAUCAUGGGGGUGCUGCCCAAGUCUGUUCUACAUAUUAUUAGUCUGGGAAAAGAGCAAAAUUCAAAAUCUGAAGCCCAUUUCUACUAGGGUGCCAUGCUAAAAGUUGAAAUAUCGUAAGCCAGACCAUGAGCACAAGUGUGGUCCUACUAGAAGCCUCACUGAUAAAAUUUUCUUUCAU